AUGCCCCCUGACCCGAGUCAAGAACCCCAGCGUAGGGAGACAGAAGCACUUCGCCCAAGCACCGGGGAUUUACAUGCUCGGUCAUAUCUUCGUCACUUGGUUCUGCCAGAAACAGCGUUGCGUUCUACUCUUGAACUACUGCAGUCUUAUCAAACUGUUCUGCAAGCAGACAUGAACCUUGCGCGACUGUUUGAAGUUCCUCUUGCCAGCGAUCUCAAAGCGGAAAGACUUCAGUCCUUAUUCACAGAGAGCAAGCCGCGUGCAUUGGAGGCCGACCAGGCCAGAUGCAUUAUUCACUGGGCCGAUGUUGUCCUAUCCUCAACAUAUGAAUCGGAACAGCAGGCUGAUGGCAACUACCAUGUCCGGGUGGAUAAGGGUAAAGUGGAGGUGUCAAAACAGGACCAUGAGUUUAUUACAACCGGUCUUCCACGGCAGAUUGCUGACCCUCAUUCAUAUCCUAGCGAUGUCGCAUCGGAAGUCAAUAUUGUCAAAUUGACUCGAUCUCAAAUAGCGCCCUGGAGAGAUCUCAUUGAGCGAUGUUCGUGCAGUCCACCUUCAGCCGACCACUCUGCUGACCUGUGCGAAUUUAGUGAAUCAAACAAUCGAUGA